AUAAUCAUUUCCAAAUCUCAAAGAAACAAAGCCAUGGAGGCUAAGUUUGGUACCAAAACUACAUCAUCAUUCUUCCUAGUUUUGUGUUUAACAGUGAUCCUAUUUUUUACUUUGCCAUGCUUUUCUGCUGAUCCCGACCCGCUCCAAGAUAUUUGUGUUGCGGACUUGAACUCCAGAAUUAAAAUCAAUGGGUAUCCUUGUAAGCCGGAGUCUGAAGUUACAUCAGAUGAUUUCUUCUUUAGUGGCUUGGUGAAUGAAUCGAACACAGAUAAUCCCGAAGGGUUUGGACGGAGACCUGGUGAUGUUAAAUACUUCCCUGGGUUAAACACCCAGGGACUGACGGUAAACCGAAUCGACCUCGCACCUGGUGGAAUUAUUCCACUUCACGUACACCCUCGAGCAAGUGAAUCUAAUUUUGUCAUAAAAGGGUUAGUCGUUUUUGGGUUCAUAACUACUAAUGAUGUUUUGUACGCAAAGGUUAUGAAACCUAGAGAGUUGUCUAUUAUUCCUAGAGGACUUGUGCACUUUGCAGUGAACGUCGGAAAGGGGAAGGCUGAUCUGUUAGCUGUUUUCAAUAGUCAACUGCCCGGAUUUGGAGAUAUUGCUCUUAACUCCUUUAAUUCUACCCCAACAAUUCCUGAUUAUAUUUUGGCUAAGAACUUUCGAGUUGAUGAGAAGAUCAUCGCUAUCAUAAAGUCUAAAUUUAGUCCCAAUAGUUCUUUGGCUACUGGAACUUUGAAAGAUAUAUAGGUCUCUUCAGUGUGUGUGCCUUUGGAGUCUUGUUGCCUUUGGCUUUAUUAUUCGAAGAGUCGAUAUAAUAAAGCCAGGUAUGCUGGGUGUAAUCCUAAUGAAUGGCGGAAACAAGCACCUUCUCCAAGGGAAUCCUUCCUGUCUAUCAGCAGGACUAUAUUACGUAACUUGCUUAUGUGGUUUGUAAUGAGGGACUCAUGCAUCGUCCCCUUGCUUUAUCUAUGAACAACAUUUUCCUAA